ACCAACGAGAGGCCGAUCGCCUCUGAUAGCAUCCAGAGAGAGAGAGAGAGAGAGAGAGAGACGGAGAGGAGCGUCCAUGGAAGCUGUGGGGAUCUGCAGCAGCAGAAUGAUGUUCUCAUCUUCUCCUGCCAUACCUCGCUGCCCUCUCUUCAUCAAGUCGAUGGCCACCCCGAAGCCCGGAACCAGAGUAUCAGCCACCAGGAGGGGAUCAACAGUGUUCCCUUUAGGUGAGCCAGGCCCAAGACAAAUGAACAACAAUGGUUCAGAACCCAUCAAGCUGCUGACAAACGUGGAGAAGCUUAGACUCCUGACUAAGGCAGAGAAAGCAGGAUUACUCACCGCAGCUGAGAACUUUGGUCUCUCACUCUCGACGGUGGAGAGGUUGGGCCUCCUCUCAAAGGCAGAGGAACUCGGAGUUCUUUCUGCGGCAACAGACCCUGCAACCCCUGGAACACUCCUGAGCAUAAGCCUGGCACUGCUUGUCCUGGGUCCUGUUUGUGUAUUUGUUGUGCCUGAGCAGUAUCCAUGGGAAGUGGCCUUGCAGAUCAUUGUAGCUUUGGUCUGUGUGGUUGGUGGAUCAGCAGCAUUUGCUGCAUCAAAUUUUGUAUCCAACUUGCAGAAAUCCAAUUAAGAUUCACUCAGAAUGGAGAUUUAAGUGUCAUUGGAACUACUAGUUUUGCUAUCCUCCGUUGUGUCUGAUGAACUUUCCUAUUUGUCUCUAAUUGUAUUUUGUUGACUUUCUUAUAAUAAAAGGCAGGCAAAUUGUAUAAACGCCAUUCUCAA